CUAAAGUUUGCAGUCCGUUCAAUCAUCAAAGUGAAAAGUGUAAGUUGAAAGCUACGGAAUUUUUCAUCAAUCUUUAGAAAGGCAAAAAAAAACCCAAAAAAUUACUGUGAAAAAAACUACAAAAUCUUCCGAAAAAACAGAAAAGCUCCACCACCCCCACCACCAGAAAGGAAUAAGGAAAACACCCCUUUUUGGCCAAAGAGGGUGGCUAAUAAACAACAACCACUGAAUAGUAAACAGAGAGCAAGUUAUACGUGGUGUAGUAAAAGAGAGCAGCACGAGAGAGAGAGAGAGAGGCUAAAAACAAAACAGCUGUUUAAGUUAUUUUUGUUUAUUUCGCAAGUAGACAAAUUUAUUGAAUCAGAGUGUGUUGAAUAUUAAAUCAGCAGCAACAUGUCCUAUCGUAUGAAAGCAACAAAAUGUCCCACAGAUGAGCUGUCGCUGACGAACAAGGCCAUCGUCAACGUUAACGAUUUUCCGGAUGAUGUUAAGUAUGCGGAUAUUUCUCCGGGACCUGGGCAGCAUUACAUCUUUGCCUUAGAGCGCACGGCAGAAGUGCCACGCGGUCAUAUUGGAUUCUCCUUGGUUCAGCGCAAGUGGGCCACACUUUCUAUCAAUCAAGAUAUUGACAUACGUCCAUAUCGCUUUGAUGGCCAUUCAGAUGUUAUUACCAUGGUCUCAUUCGAGACUGAUUUCUUGCAAAAGAAAAUAACUUCCCAAGAGCCUUACGACUCCGAUUUAAUGGCUAAGGAUUUCUUAAUGCAAUUUGGUGGCAUGGCCUUAACCGUUGGCCAAACGCUGGUUUUUAGCUUCCAAGACAAGAAGCUUUUGGGUUUAGCAGUCAAAACUCUCGAGGCUAUUGACCCAAAGGCUCUAGGCGAAGGCAAGGAAGCAGCCACCCGUUCUGUGCGAUUCGGACGCAUUACUGGCAACACCAUUGUUCAGUUUGAGAAAGCUGAAAAUUCUUCUUUAAAUCUACAAGGCAAAUCCAAGGGUAAAAUUGUAAGACAGUCGAUUAUAAACCCAGAUUGGGAUUUCGGCAAAAUGGGUAUUGGUGGUUUGGAUAAGGAGUUCAAUGCCAUCUUUCGACGUGCAUUUGCUUCUCGAGUCAUUCCACCAGAAAUUAUUGAGCAAUUGGGCUGUAAACACGUUAAGGGUAUUCUAUUGUAUGGUCCACCUGGUACCGGCAAAACAUUGAUGGCCCGUCAAAUUGGCACCAUGUUAAAUGCCAGGGAGCCUAAAAUUGUAAAUGGUCCACAGAUUUUGGAUAAAUAUGUUGGUGAGUCAGAAGCCAACAUUCGUCGCUUAUUCGCUGAGGCCGAAGAAGAAGAAAAGAGGCUUGGCCCCAACAGUGGUUUACACAUAAUUAUUUUUGACGAAAUCGAUGCAAUUUGCAAGCAACGUGGUUCUGUUGCUGGCAACAGUGGUGUUCAUGAUACCGUGGUCAAUCAGUUGUUGGCCAAGAUUGAUGGUGUCGAGCAAUUGAAUAAUAUUCUAGUCAUUGGUAUGACCAAUCGUCGUGACAUGAUUGACGAUGCCUUACUGCGUCCUGGUCGUUUGGAAGUUCAAAUGGAAAUCAGUUUGCCCAAUGAGCAGGGUCGUUGUCAAAUUCUAAAUAUCCAUACUAAACGUAUGCGUGAUUUCAAUAAGAUUGCUGCAGAUGUAGAUUGCAAAGAACUUGCUGCCUCCACCAAGAAUUUCAGUGGAGCUGAAUUGGAGGGUUUGGUGCGUGCUGCCCAAUCUACUGCUAUGAAUCGUCUAAUUAAAGCCGAUGCCAAAGUAACUGUUGACCCAGAGGCUAUGGAAAAACUGAAAGUUACACGUGCUGAUUUCUUCCAUGCUUUAGAAAAUGAUAUAAAGCCAGCUUUUGGCACUGCUAUGGAAGUUUUGGAAACUAUGCUGACCAGAGGUAUUAUUAACUGGGGACAACCUGUGUCUCACAUUCUGGAGGAUGGCAUGUUGUAUGUUCAACAAGCCAGAGCUACCGAGAGCUCUGGUCUAGUAUCAGUAUUGAUUGAGGGUCCUCCCAAUUCGGGUAAAACUGCUCUGGCCGCAAAAUUGGCUCAAAUGUCCGACUUUCCAUUUGUUAAAGUAUGCUCGCCUGAAGAUAUGGUGGGCUAUACAGAGUCGGCCAAGUGUUUACACAUUCGAAAGAUUUUCGACGAUGCUUACCGCUCUAUGUUAAGUUGUAUUGUUGUUGAUAAUGUUGAACGUCUAUUGGACUAUGGUCCAAUUGGGCCACGUUAUUCCAAUUUGACAUUGCAAGCAUUAUUGGUGUUACUUAAGAAACAGCCUCCUAAGGGUCGUAAAUUACUUAUAUUGGUUACUUCCAGCCGACGGGAAGUCCUGGAGGAAAUGGAAAUGUUGACUGCAUUCACAUCUGUUCUACAUGUACCUAACAUAUCUCUUCCUGAACAUGUUGUUGCUGUUUUGGAGGAUUGCGAUAUAUUCAGCAAGGGCGAGUUACAAGCUAUUGGCAAAAAGAUGGCUGGCAAGAGAGUUUUUAUUGGCAUUAAAAAACUGUUGGCCCUUAUUGAUAUGAUAAGGCAAACCGAGCCCCAGCACAGGGCUAUUAAAUUCUUAUCGAAAAUGGAAGAAGAGGGUGGUUUGGAUAUGGCGAAACACUAACUACAACGUACAAGUUUCAACAUGUCCGUGGUGGAGCUCAACGAUGUUUUCUAAAGUAUGAUUACCUAUUUAAAUUUAUUGUAAGUUAAAAAGACAGACAACAGAUAUACAUAAUGAAAUCUAUUUAACAAAAUAUCUUCACUAUCUAUCUAUCUACCUAUCAUAAACAACGCUACUAACAAACAAAAUAUAUAGAAUUAUAUAUAUAUAUAUUACAACACCAACAGACAUACAACAUAUAUUGACUCGAACAAGCUAGAAGAUGGAUUGAUUUGAAAAGUUGAGCUAAAACAAUUGUUGCUAAAUAUUAAGAAGAAAAAAACAAAUAUACAAUACACUUACACUUAAUUCAGAGAAUAUCCUA